CUCUGCCCCCUUCCGGCUUCAUCCACGAUGCCAUUACUCCGACCCCAUUACUCCGAGAAAUACCACGCAGCACGCACGGACCCGCAUUCACCGCUACCGGCGAUCGUACCGCACCGGCAGUAUCUCCCUUGUGGUGGUACGUUGGAUAAACUCUUGGAAGGAGAAUUUUGUUGAUAGAAGCUUUAGUCUUCAGCCGCUCUGAAUGGGCCAAUCGACUUCUUCUACUGCAGUUCUCCCGACGGAGUCUUGCCGCCGCGAGAGCAGCAGAGGCUGUCGGCCCACCGUCCGGUCGUCGGUGGUCAUCUCUCCUGCGGCGCCGGAAGAUGAGAGAGAUUUUUCAUGUAGCAUAGUUGGAAAUCGUGACUAUAUCUCCGAGCUUCCCGACGAGUGUCUGGCUAGCAUUUUCCAGUCGCUGAGCUCCGAGGACCGGGAGCACUGCUCUCUUGUCUGCCGGCGGUGGCUGAAGGUCGAAGGACAGAAUCAUCACCGUCUUUCUCUCAACGCCCAAGCGGAGAUCCUCGGCGCGAUACCUUCUCUCUUUGUUCGGUUCGACUCCGUUACGAAGCUAGCUUUGAGAUGCGAUCGCCGAUCCGUCAGCUUAAACGACGACGCGUUGAUUCUCAUCUCGAUCCGGUGUCGGAACCUCACGCGCCUCAAGCUUCGCGGCUGCCGUGAACUCACGGACUAUGGUAUGGCCGUAUUUGCUCAGAACUGCAAGGGUUUGAGGAAGCUCUCGUGUGGCUCCUGUACGUUCGGCUCCAAAGGCUUGAACGCGGUCCUUGAUCAUUGUUCGGCUCUAGAGGAGCUCUCCGUGAAGCGUCUCCGAGGCAUCAACGACGGUGUUGCGGCGGAGCCGAUUGGGCCUGGUCUCGCGGCAUCUUCUCUCAAGCUCAUUUGUCUCAAGGAGCUUUACAAUGGACAGUGCUUUGGACCGCUUCUAAUCGGCUCUAAGAAGCUCAGAACACUAAAGCUCUUUCGUUGUUUGGGUGAUUGGGAUAGGCUUCUUCAAAUGAUCGGGAACGGAAAUCCUAAUUUAGUAGAAAUUCAUCUUGAAAGGCUUCAACUGAGCGAUAAUGGCCUGUCAGCUAUCUCCUCUUGCUCAACUCUGGAGAUUUUGCACCUGGUUAAGACUCCGGAGUGCACGAAUUUUGGGCUUGCAUCUGUGGUUGAACAUUGUCGGCUUCUCAGGAAGCUCCACAUCGAUGGAUGGAGGACUAAUAGGAUUGAUGAUGAGGGUUUGAUUGCUUUAGCGGAACACUGCCCUAACCUUCAGGAACUUGUUCUAAUUGGAGUGAACCCUACUUCAUUGAGUUUAAUGGCACUUGCUUCAAAAUGCCAUAAUUUGGAGCGAUUAGCAAUCUGUGGGAGUGACACGCUUGGUGAUGCGGAGAUUUUGUGCAUUGCAGAGAAAUGCGUGGCACUAAGGAAGCUCUGCAUCAAGGGAUGCCCUAUUUCGGAUCAUGGGCUGGAAGUGCUUGCUUGGGGUUGCCCUAAUUUGGUGAAGGUUAAGGUGAAGAAAUGUAGAGGAGUGACUAGUCAAAUUGCAGAAUGGUUGGGGAUGCAUAGGGGUUCAUUGGCUGUCAAUUUGGAUUCUAGUGAUGUCGAACUUGCGGAUGCAAAUGCCAGUGACAGUGGAGCCCAUGAAGAUGGUUCUGAUCUUCCUCCAACGGUGAGUCAGAUUGUGUGCUUUCAUUUAGCACUUUUUCUGGCUUGGAGAGCUGUGUUGAUCAUCUUAGAAAAGGAAAUGUGCCUGCCUAGCUGGGCUUUAUCCUAAUUCCUCCAUAGAGGAGAAACAGAAGCUACAUGUUGCUGUCUUGCUGGUAACAUAUGUUUUAACUAUUGUUAUGGCGUCCCAUGAGUUGAAUGUUGGAGACUUCAAUGUAGCUUGGAAGAACUUGUUUCAAAACCAAUCAUGUUCUUAUCACUUGUGAAAAUUGGGUAAUCCCCUAGUUCUAUGGUCUAGUGUACUGUAUGAUCUGUGUUCCUGCCAACUCUUGUUUCUUGUUUCAUCUUCUAGUUCAGUGGACAGGUAAUGGCUAAUCUAUUGCUGGUUGGAUGCA